UCUGGUCAUGCCCUGUACUGUCCGCAGUCUCUAGUUAUCCACUGUACUGUCCACAGUCUCUGGUCAUCUCCUGUACUGUCUGCAGUCUCUGAUCAUCUCCUGUACUGUCCGCAGUCUCUGGUCCAUCUCCUGUACUGUGUCCACAGUCUCUGGUCCAUCUCCUGUACUGUGUCCGCAGUCUCUGGUCCAUCUCCUGUAGUAUGUCCGCAGUCUCUGGUCAUCUCCUGUAGUAUGCCCGCAGUCUCUGGUCAUCUCCUGUACUGUGUCCGCAGUCUCUGGUCAUCUCCUGUAGUAUGCCCGCAGUCUCUGGUCAUCUCCUGUAGUAUGCUCGCAGUCUCUGGUCAUCUCCUGUAGUAUGCCCGCAGUCUCUGGUCAUCUCCUGUAGUAUGCCCGCAGUCUCUGGUCAUCUCCUGUAGUAUGCCCGCAGUCUCUGGUCAUCUCCUGUAGUAUGCCCGCAGUCUCUGGUCAUCUCUUGUACUGUGUCCACAGUCUCUGGUCAUCUCCUGUACUGUGUCAGCAGUCUCUGGUCCAUCUCCUGUACUGUGUCCGCAGUCUUUGGUCAUCUCUUGUACUGUCUGCAGUCUCUGA